AUGAGUUUCGCCGCCAUUUUGCAUCAGCCCUGUUGAAAAGAGUGUGAGCGCAGACACGGCGGGAUCUGGCCACUUUAUUCUCUUUCGGCUCUUUUCCUCUGGAUUUAUCCCAAGAUAAUCCGAGAUAUUACCUGACAGAUCUCAAAGACAUGGCCACAGAGCAUAUAAAUGGAAAUGGUACCGAUGAACCGGUGGAUUCUUCGACUACAAUUACUCAUUCAGAGCACUUCCAGACACUACUAGAUGCGGGCUUACCGAGAAAAGUUGCUGUCAAGCUAGAUGAAAUUUACAUAGCAGGUCUCGUUUCACACAGUGAUCUUGAUGAUCGGGCAAUUGAAGCACUUAAAGAGUUCAACGAAGAGGGCGCGCUGCAAGUUCUCCUGCAGUUUAAAGACAGCGACCUCUCACACGUUCAGAAUAAAAGUGCCUUUCUGUGUGGAGUGAUGAAGACAUACAGACAGAGGGAGAAGCAGGGGACCAAAGUGUCAGAUUCCACUAAAGGACCAGAUGAGGCCAAAAUCAAAGCUUUGCUUGAGAGAACUGGUUACACGCUUGAUGUGACGACCGGUCAGAGGAAGUAUGGUGGCCCUCCUCCGGGGUCGACCCAUGCAGGAGUUCAGCCCACCGUUGGCACAGAGAUUUUUGUGGGGAAGAUCCCAAGAGAUCUGUUUGAGGAUGAGCUGGUGCCUCUGUUUGAGAAAGCUGGGCCCAUAUGGGAUCUCCGUCUGAUGAUGGACCCUCUUAGUGGACUCAACAGAGGAUAUGCCUUUGUCACCUUCUGCACUAAAGAGGCUGCUCAGGAGGCAGUCAAACUCUGUAACAACAAUGAAAUUCGACCGGGUAAACACAUUGGAGUGUGCAUCUCUGUUGCCAAUAAUCGUCUUUUUGUGGGGUCUAUCCCCAAGAGCAAAACUAAGGACCAGAUAGUGGAGGAGUUUGCCAAAGUUACUGAGGGCUUGAAUGAUGUCAUCUUAUACCAUCAGCCCGAUGACAAAAAGAAGAAUCGAGGCUUCUGCUUUUUAGAGUACGAGGAUCAUAAAACAGCAGCUCAGGCGCGACGCCGGUUAAUGAGCGGUAAAGUGAAGGUUUGGGGGAAUGUGGUGACGGUAGAAUGGGCUGAUCCCAUAGAGGAACCUGACCCUGAGGUCAUGGCAAAGGUCAAAGUCCUUUUUGUCCGAAAUCUGGCGAGCACAGUAACAGAAGAACACCUGGAGAGGACCUUCUGUCAGUUUGGCAAACUGGAAAGAGUUAAAAAGUUAAAAGACUACGCUUUCAUCCAUUUUGAGGAGAGAGACGGGGCUGUAAAGGCUUUAGCUGAAAUGCAUGGGAAGGAUUUAGAAGGAGAUCAAAUUGAAAUUGUCUUUGCAAAGCCGCCUGAUCAGAAGAGGAAAGAGCGAAAGGCCCAGAGACAAGCUGCUAAAACCCAAAUGUAUGAUGAAUAUUAUUACUACGGGCCACCGCAUAUGCAUCCUCCAACAAGAGCACGAGGCAGAGGUGCUCGAGGUUAUUCAUACCCACACGACUAUUACAGCUAUGAAGAUUAUUAUGAUUACUAUGGCUAUGACUAUCACAACUACAGAGGAGGUUAUGAUGAUCCAUACUACGGCUACGAAGACUUUCAAGCUCACGUGAGAGGAAGAGGCAACAGAGGGGUCCGGUGUCCCACACUGACCAGAGGCCGUGGCUCUACUGUUACCCGAGGACGAGCCGGUUUCUCUCAACGCGGGGGUCCGGGAUUCAGCCGAGGUGGCCGUGGCUCUAGAGGAGGCUUCCAGCAAAGAUGUCGACUGGUAAAGGGGGUCGAGGCUGGUCCUGACCAGGUAGUAUGAAGACUGACUUGUAUGGGGGUUACACCGGAUGCUACCAGUUUUCAUAAGGUUAUGGUAGACUCUGAUGAUAUUCCAGCCUUGUUUGAAGCAUAUCUCCUGUACUGCCACUCCUGACAAACCAUAAGAGUUCUAUAGUCGUAAUCUUGGACUUGCAGUUUUCAUACGGAGCCCAACCAUAUAUAUAAAUAAAAAAAAAUAUAAAAAAAAAAACUUACAACCCCCUAGUUAUAAUCUCCAAACCUAAAUAUGCCACAAUGUUUUUAAUCGAAGUUCAGACUCUCAAGGAUACUGCUAUGUUAAAUGUGUUUGCACUUUUUUCUUUUUUUUUUUUUUUUUUUUUUUUUUUUACUCCUGGGUUUGAAGUGGCUCAAAGGAGCUUGAUGCUGAUGUAUAUUUUUGUGCUAACUACAAAUUUGUUGUCGGAAUGUCCAUGUUAACCCAAACUGUUUAGAUCUGGAUGGAGAACAUCUGCAGGUUUUCGGUGUAACCGCCUGGCAUUGAUAAAUCAGGCAUUCCAGGAACGUGGUUCUUUUCAGAACUAGUCUUUUAAGGGUCGGUUAACUACCUCAGUAGAGAGGAUUCAACUACCCUGCCUGUACUGUACAUAGAGACACUUAAACACAUAGGAGCAGGGCUUGUUUCUAAUGAAAUAUGCACGAGGGCACCAGAUAAUGUAAUAUUGUCAAACGGUUGCUGCGCUCACAUUGCAAACAGUGAAACUGGGCAUGCAAACGAGUCUCAUAUGAUGAGCUGGAACAAGCCCUGCUUUUAUCCCAUUUUCAACUGAAUUAGCUGCUUUGCUUCUUCAGAUUAUGUAGUUUUUGGGUGUAUGAUUGUAUGAUAGUUUGGAAUAAAAUGUUACUUUUGUAUUGGCUUAAACAACACAAAUGCAUCAGCUGCAUUUGCUAAGCCCUGCAGUAUCCUUUUUUCUAUACUCUAAAUACCAGUUCAGCUCUCUAAAGAACAGUGAAUUAUGUUCCAUUCCACCCAAUAGAGGUUUUUAAUCAAUCAUGAACUUUGAGUGAUCAUUCUCCUAUUGGCUGUAAUGCUCGCCAUUUUCCCCUGGUCACAUUUACUGGCAAGAUAUGAAAUGAGUUGUGUAUAAAAAUGGAUACUGCAGUUUUGGUUUAUAUUCCAUAAAUAGCAAGCAGGUGACCGAACCAUUGAACCGGUUUUGUACACAGUUAACUCCCUCUCGAUAAAGCUGUAACAUUGCAACAUUUUGAAAAGAUGUAAGCAGUUUUAAUCUAUUGUUGGUGGCCAACAACGUUUUUGCAUUCCAGCAAAUAAAUUGUUUUAUACUGUAAAAUGAGGUGAGUGUAACUUAUUUUUGUAAUAAAGGUUUUGAAUUCUA